AUGUCUGAGGAAAUCAAGAAGAUCGAGGAGGUCGCCGAAGAGAAGGCUCCAGAGGUACCAACCACCGAGCCACCAGUCGAGGCUGCAGCUCCUGUUUCCGAAGAAGCUCAAAAGGUCGAGGAAGGAGCUGCUGAAGCUACUCCAGCUGCAGAAGGUGAAGCUGCUGCUGCUGCUCCAGAGGAGAAGAAGAAGUCUGGUGGCGUCGCUCGGCGUUUCACUUUCAACAAGCGCUGGGGAAAGCAUCGUGAUGCUGAGGCUGCUGCACCAAAAGAGCCAGAGGCACCAAAGGAUCCAAAGGAGGACGUCCUUGGAUGGAUCGCUCAGCAGAUCCCUCAAGCUGUUCACAAGGCUAACUUCCAAGUGAUCGACUGGGUUCAGAAGACUGCUAUCCCAGAAGAGGGAGAUCGCAAGACUAUCCCAGGAAAGGAUCAGGCCACCACUCGUAAUCAAUUCCUCGGAUUCUUCAAAGACGGAGAUGUUCUUGUUAAGCUGGCCAACGCUCUUGAGCCAGGAGCAGUUGAAGUCGCCACCGCUGAAGAAAAUGCUGAUGCUGCCGCUCAGAAGGAGGUCCAGAAGAAGAACAUCGACUCCUUCGGAGCCUGGGCUCAGAAGACUCUCGGAACAGAGACUGCCCCAGUCACCAGCGAUGAUCUUCUUGAGAAAGGAAAGGCUGGAUAUUCAGCUGUCUUCCAAACUCUCUGGCAACUCGGAGUCCAAGCCAAGGAAAAGUUCGACAAAGAGGGCUUCAAUGUCGAGACGAUUGUUCAACUCGCUAACACUGUCGUUAAGAGUGGGCUCUUGAACACAAUUCUCGGAUUCUUCAGAAGAAACCGUCAGGCUGCCGCUGCCGCUGAAGAGCCAAAAGACGAUGCCGCUCCUGCUGCUGUUGAAGGAACUGGAGAGGCCGCCAAAGAAGAGGGAGCUACCGGAGAAGUCACAGAUACCGCCGAUGAGCCAGUUGCAGUGAAACAGGAGACCAGCGCCCCAGCUGCUGUUGCUGCCAACUAG